CUUUCAUUUUUGAAUUCAAGUGAUGUAGUCCUUGAAUAAUGUAGUCCUUAGCUAGUUAGAAUUUGAGUAUGAUAAACAUGACUGAAAAUGAACACAGCGGCUUCCCAAGGAAGCGUAUUUUUUCAGGCGCGGAAGGGGUUUUUUUUUCGUAAGAGGAAAACAGCUCGGAAGGAUCGCAGUCGGAUGCCAUCCCAGACUGCGGAGCUCAUCAGAUGGGCAUCACGGGAGACCGUCAGGUGCGCCGAGUAAGGGGCGGCAGUGUCCGGAGGCUAGAAGUUGUUCGAACAAGUAGUAAAACUAAACGAAAGACCAUAUUAGUCGCAGCUACUUCCGCAUUCGCUUUGACAGGUAUUUUGCCAGGAGUACACGCAGUCUUUUUCGAUAGACAGAAGGCUCAAGAACUGCUACUUCAAGAACAGAAGGCGUUUUUGAAUGACUUGGCAACAGCAAGGACGGGUAAGACGAGUAAAGAUGGCGGAAAAAGACACCUCCCGAAAGUAGGGGCGAAAAAUAACAACCCAGGAGGAUCAACUUCUAAGCUUGCAAGCGGCAUCCAGCUAGAAGAAAUAACAGGAUGUAAGCAUGUAGUGCGAGUUGAACAUGAGGAUGAAGAAGGUGCACCUCUUUCAAAGCGGUCGCUCUUUCCAGCUAGGGCUCAUCCAGAAACCACAAGGCCAUCACGGACAAGGCAACAUGGAAGCGAAUCUUCGAGGGGGGACGUAAUAAUAGACGGAUCUUCACGAGAGGUACCACAAGGACUAGAUGGACGACGAGAGCGCCGUACGCGUUUCACCGCCUACAAAACUACAAGUAGUAAUGCUGGCUUGUUACAAGAGGUGACUUCGUCUUCGUCUUCGAGUCAUGUGGUUUUAGACCACGAUACUGGAAGGACUGAAGCGGUUUCUUCACAUCAUCGCGGAAAUAGUGGCAGUACGACCUUUUUCGAGAUCGCGGCGAGCCACAAGCAACAUGCUCCUCCUCCACCAAGGAAGGAGGAUAAGUUAAGGCUGUACCUAAGUACUACAUUUCUGGACGUAUCAAUCCUUGAAAGGUAUGGAGGAGUAUCCUAAGGGAAUAGAUACUCCCACAUACUUUUCAAGGAUGCACUUGAAAGAUGAAUUACGGACAGCUCUAAAUAAGAACAAUCCUGCUCCUACAGUCUCGACAAAACAACAGGUAGACCGAAGGCACGAACUAAAGCAGGAACUGAUUGAGCUUAAGCGUGGCGCAGCGGAUGGCGCUCUUGCUUCAGUGGUUCCAGCAGGAUAUGAGUGUCGCGACUUCGUGUCCAGAGGUUUCAUUAUGGAGUUCGUCAUCAUCUGUUCAACUUCAUAGCACCUAUUUACUUUUGAAGUAGUAGCACUUUUUGGAACUCCGGCUUGAUCUUGAAUGUGAAUCAAUACGAACAACGACCUCGUCCUACACCCACUCUUUCAUACCUUUUGGGACGUGCAACAAGGUGGAUCCGGCAGACGUUGCGGACAGCCUUACCGCAAUCACAUCCAAUUCGUCGGCACUGAAUACAACGAGUUUGACGGCCUCGGUGUCAAUCUGUGAGGACAAAGCGUUGCAUUGGGGUGCGGAUGCUUUCGCAGUUUAUGAAUGGUCCUCGUCAGUAUAGCUUAUUCGAAAAACUAGCACUCAUUUAAAUGAGACGUCAUGGUUUUUUUUCUUCAUUCCCACGAUCGGCGACCCUUCUGGGAUGACGGGACAUUGAAGGAAGCGGAAAGGGAUGCGCAGUGUUGCAGCCUGUACUUCGGAUGUGUGUGGAACCCAGAGUACGUCCCGAUUCCUGGACAGAACAUAACCGACAACCCCGAUCUCAGCUUCUUCAAUGUCUUAGGUAGUUGGAUUUGUUUUUGGUGUUUGCUUGUGUUUGUGCUUGUGCUUGGGGCAUAGCGUGUGUCUGCAUUUGCACUUUCUAAAUACUUAUUAACAACUGUAGUAUUGGGGUUCGGUUAGAUAAUUUAUUGGUGAAGUUUGUUACUCAUGCUUAUUUUUGUUGAAGUUUGUUACUCAACAUCAAUAUCGAAUUUUGAUGCCUCAAGCUCAACAUCCAGGAAACACACUACCACUCCAGGUCGUCGAGUAACUCCAGCGGAGAUGAACGCCACGCAGUCAAGUAUCAAGCAAUACAGUAUGGAAUUCGCUUUGAGGCCUUUGACGCUGUAUCCCAACACGACGCAGGUCGAGCCAUACGGUGUUACAGGGACGUGUGCAAGGACAGAUGACACACCAGGUCAACAGCAAUAUUGGCGAGCAUUGCUGGAGGCUCCGAAGCUGGUCAAGAAAAUCCGCCUUUACGUCAAGCAAAAACACAGUGUGGCGAUGAAGGUACUUUCUCCAAAGUUCUUUUUUUCUGUCUAGAUUUUUUCUAGAUAAUUUUCAUUUUGUGAGUGUUGAAAUUUAUGGGUUCUGAUUGGUCCAACAUUAUACGUGAUAGAAAACAUUUUUUUCCGUCGCUGUUGCGACUUCGAUCAAUCGUUGUAAUGUAUAAUUUUAACGACAUCAUGGCAUACAACCCACUACAGCAAUACACCGAGACCGGUGAGGGCACUGCCUUGGAGACGAAGAUGGCAGAGCUUGUUUUCCGGAGUCAAGAUGGUGAAGUGCUGAGACGCCAAGAUGUGGGCACACUCUCGCCAGGAGGCACCGAUCUCGAAUUCUCUCCAAGUGUCUUUGCCACUGAGAUAUUAUGGAUGUGAGAUAAGAAUUCUAGGCACUCAAGUGUCCUUGAUAUUGUUUAGUCUCCCAGAUAGUACAUGUAAGACUAUGUGAGACACAUGCCAUGCCAUGAAAAGAAUCUCUGCCAAUUGUCAUGACUACAUUUGGUCAAUCAUUAAUCAUUAAUCACUCAUUUUUUUUUUUUGGUAGUCAUUCAUCACCAUUUAAUUGUAUUUGAAAAGAAUCUCUGCCACUGAGAAUUUUGAGUUUGACUUCUCUAACAAGCGAGAUCAAUGCGAAGCAGACAGGCCUGCCAGUUAGAUUAUGCGGAUUCGUUGUGGACGUGGUAAUGGUUUCUUAUCCUGUUUGCUCGUGUUUGGUUUCUGACUUUCUUUUUCUAUGAAAUUUCUUCGCUACAACUACCUAGCAGAAUAUCAAAAGAAGCAGAGUAGAUUGAUUUUGCUACUUUCUCACCCCUCUCCAUGAUCUCCAAUCAAGAAUUUGUUCACUCGUCCUUUCAGAUCGAGCCUCUCUUCGUCACACGAGACCUGACCUUAAUGCUACGUGAGACUGCAGAGAUGAUAAGGAAGGGAGAGAAAUGGGUGCCGCAGCUCGCUACUAAAGUGAACACUGCUCUUCAACGAGUAGAUGAAAGGGCUGAGGAAUUGUUGACACGAUAGACGAAGGGCCUUCAUCCGUUCCGAAUAUUUAGUUAGUUUUCCCUCUGUCCUUAGGCUUAUCCCUUCAAACUAACAGUAGAAGAAGGGCCUUCAUCCGUUCCGAAUAUCUAGUAGUAGUACUCCCAUAGCAAGAAGUUCAAGUAGAUGAAAGGGCGGAGGAAUUUAUUUGUACACGAUAGAACUACUGCAAGUUGAUUAUACUGAAACUACAGGCUUCUAUUUGAUGGAAGUGGCCUGGAUCAGCAUGCACAAUGAGCCACAACAUGAAAUGUACAGACACACAAGUACUACUCUAAUUCCGCUAAAGAAUGCACAUUUAUUUGUACACCUUUUUAUAGUUAUGUCCUAGACAGAACUUGCAAGUCAUGCCUUUGAGGAUGUGAUGCAUAGUUUCGCUCAACAUCAUGGAAAACUAAGUUUACUAACAUUUUUGAGAAAUCAUGAGUUGGAAGUCCUUUUACUUUUAUUUUUGACGUUAAAUGUUGAUGAUAGACUUAGUCUUAGACAGAGACAAUAUCCUCUCAAGAAAAAGUCGCAUAAGAUGCUUUGCUUCCCGGACAUCAGGACAAAGGCGACAAUGUUGACUCCGUG